AUAUAAACACCACAACUGGUUGACGUAGCUUCUCACAUCUCUCCUCUCCUCUUCUUCACCCACAAACCCUAUUUUUCUUCUGUGUCCUUCCUCGAAUUCUCUAUAGUUCUCCAUUUUUUGUUUUCUCUGAAGCUCCCGAUCAUGGAUGAAGCUAAAGUUGUGGAAGCAAGCAAUGGGACCAUCUCAGUGGCUUCUGCCUUUGCCGGACACCAAGAAGUUGUUCAGGACAGUGACCAUAAGUUUCUAACUCAAGCUGUCGACGAAGCCUAUAAGGGAGUUGACUGUGGUGAUGGUGGUCCAUUUGGCGCGGUUAUAGUGCAUAACAAUGAGGUAGUGGUCAGCUGCCAUAACAUGGUUCUGAAACACAAGGACCCGACUGCACAUGCUGAGGUUACAGCCAUUAGAGAGGCUUGUAAGAAACUGAACCGAAUCGAGCUGUCGGAAUGCGAGAUCUAUGCAUCUUGCGAGCCGUGUCCCAUGUGUUUCGGGGCCAUCCAUCUGUCUAGGCUCAAGAGGUUGGUCUAUGGAGCCAAAGCAGAAGCGGCCAUAGCCAUCGGGUUCGAUGACUUCAUAGCCGAUGCCCUGAGAGGAACUGGCUUUUACCAGAAAGCUCAGCUUGAGAUCAAGAAAGCUGAUGGCAAUGGCGCACAGAUCGCCGAGCAAGUGUUCCAGAACACCAAGGAGAAGUUCCGUUUGUAUUAGAUCAUCACCAUCGCCAUCAUCAUCAUCAUCAUCAUCAUCCACAUCAUCAUCAUGCAAAACGAUUAACUGAAUAAACUCUCUUACAUGAAAUUGUCAAUUUGAAAAACUCCAAAGUUGGAAAUGUAAAUACUCUGUUUCUUCUUUUAUGGACUUUGUCGUCUUUUCUGUAGCAA